UUCUUCCCUCAAUUUUCAAAUUUCAUUUUCUCCGUUUGUUUUUCGGGAAGGAGAGUUAAAUAUUCAGUUUCUCCAAUCCCCUUAGUAGUUCUGAAAUUUCAGUUGAAGCUCGGCGCCGCGGAGAUGUCGUGGGAAGACGAGAUUGUCAUGCGUGAUGUGACGAACGCGGGUCUCGUUGUCAGUGAUCGCAUUGGUCGCGAGGUUUCGCCUCAGCUUGACCUCGAAGAAGCUCUUGAAGCUUCAAGAUAUGCUAGCCACCCUUACUCCACUCUCCCCAGAGAGUGGCCCCCUUUAGUUGAGGUUGCCAAUACAUGGGAGUUGCCUCCUGUUCUCAUUGAAAGAUACAAUGCAGCUGGUGGGGAAGGAACUGCCUUUUGUGGAAUAUUUCCUGAAAUACGUAGGGCAUGGGCAUCUGUGGACAAUUCCUUGUUUCUUUGGCGUUUUGAUAAGUGGGAUGGUCAAUGUCCUGAAUAUAGUGGGGAAGAGCAAGCUAUUUGUGCAGUUGGUCUUGCAAAAUCAAAACCAGGUGUUUUUGUUGAAGCCAUCCAAUAUCUUUUAGUUUUAGCAACGCCUGUUGAGUUGAUUUUGGUAGGAGUGUGCUGCUCUGGAGGAGCCGAUGGAUCAGAUCCAUUUGCAGAAGUCACAUUACAGCCAUUGCCAGAGUAUACUGUACCGUCCGAUGGGGUUACAAUGACUUGUGUGACAUGUACUGAUAAGGGCCGUAUUUUCCUUGCUGGUCGUGAUAGCCAUAUAUACGAGCUUCUUUAUUCUACAGGUUCAGGAUGGCAAAAGCGCUGCAGAAAAAUCUGCCUCACUGCUGGCUUAGGAAGUUUAAUUUCAAGCUGGGUUAUACCAAAUGUGUUCAACUUUGGAGCCAUCGACCCCAUUGUUGAAAUGGUUUUUGAUAAUGAGAGGCAAAUAUUGUAUGCACGAACUGAAGAGAUGAAGCUUCAGGUUUAUGUUCUAGGGCAAAAUGGGGAUGGUCCAUUAAAGAAAGUUGCUGAAGAAAGGAAUCUUGUUAAUCAGAGGGAUGGUCAUUAUGGAAGUAGACAAUCAACAGGAUCAAGAGUCUCAAAUCGUUCACCCAAGCCAUCUAUUGUUUGUAUUGCACCGUUAUCCACACUUGAGUCCAAGUUGCUGCACCUUGUUGCUGUUUUAUCAGAUGGCAGAAGGAUGUACCUGUCUACUUCUCCUUCUAGUGCAAAUUUGACUGGGUUCAGCACCAGUCAUCACAGGCCUAGCUGUUUAAAGGUUGUCGCUACAAGGCCUGCUCCUCCUUGGGGUGUUAGUGGUAGUCUCACAUUUGGAGCCAUAGCUCUUGCGUCUAGGCCUCAAAAUGAGGAUCUCUCAUUGAAAGUUGAGGCAGCAUAUUGUUCUGCAGGUACUCUUAUCCUUUCUGAUGCAUCACCUUCAGCUAUGCCUUCUCUCCUUGUAUUGAACCGGGAUUCAAGCACCCAAUCAUCACCAUCAGGUAAUCUUGGGACAAAUUCAAGGAGUUCCCGUGCAUUACGAGAAUCUGUAUCUUCUUUACCAGUUGAAGGGCGAAUGCUUUCUGUGGCAGAUGUCUUACCUUUGCCUGAUACUGCAUCUACUGUGCAGUCUUUAUAUUCAGAAAUUGAGUUCAGUGGUUAUGAGAGCCCAAUGGAAUCAUGUGACAGGGUAUCUGGGAAACUCUGGGCAAGGGGAGACCUUUCGACUCAACAUAUAUUGCCAAGAAGGAGGAUUGUUAUCUUCAGCACAAUGGGCAUGAUGGAAAUUGUGUUAAACAGGCCACUGGACAUUUUAAGAAGGUUAUUAGAGUCCAGCUCUCCAAGAUCAGUUUUAGAAGAUUUCUUCAAUCGUUUUGGUGCUGGUGAGGCAGCUGCUAUGUGUCUAAUGCUAGCUGCAAGAAUAGUGCACUCGGAAAACCUUAUUAGCAAUGUUAUUGCCGAGAAGGCUGCUGAAGCUUUUGAGGAUCCAAGAGUUGUUGGAAUGCCACAACUUGAAGGUAGUAGUGCAUUAUCAAACACAAGAACUGCUGCUGGUGGAUUUAGCAUGGGCCAGGUUGUUCAGGAGGCUGAGCCAGUAUUUUCAGCCGCACAUGAAGGACUCUGUUUGUGUUCAUCUAGAUUACUUUUUCCUCUUUGGGAACUUCCUGUGAUGCUUGUGAAAGGCAAUUUAGCCCCUUCAGGUGCUUUAUCUGAAAAUGGGGUAGUUGUCUGCAGACUCUCUGUUGGUGCUAUGCAAGUCCUUGAACACAAAAUCCGAUCUUUAGAAAAAUUCUUAAGAUCUAGAAGGAACCAGAGGAGAGGACUUUAUGGAUGCGUUGCAGGUUUGGGCGAUCUAAGUGGUUCAAUUCUAUAUGGUACUGGUUCAGCAUUAGGUGCAGGUGAUCGAAGUAUGGUGAGAAACUUAUUUGGUGCGUACUCCAGAAAUGUGGAAUCUAAUGGUGGUGGAACAAGUAACAAAAGACAAAGGCUGCCAUAUAGUCCUGCAGAAUUAGCUGCCAUGGAGGUGAGGGCAAUGGAAUGUAUUAGGCAGUUGCUUCUUAGAUCUGGUGAAGCCCUGUUUUUGCUUCAACUUAUUUCCCAGCAUCAUGUCACUCGAUUGAUUCAAGGAUUUGAUGCUAACCUUCAACAAGCAUUAGUUCAGUUAACAUUUCAUCAGUUAGUUUGUUCUGAGGAGGGUGACCGGCUUGCUACGAGACUUAUUUCUGCUCUAAUGGAGUAUUAUACUGGUCCUGAUGGUAGGGGAACUGUAGAUGACAUUAGCAGGAGAUUAAGAGAGGGUUGUCCAAGCUACUAUAAGGAGUCUGAUUACAAGUUUUUCUUAGCUGUGGAAGCUCUGGAGAGAGCUGCUGUGACUAUAGAUAAUGAGGAAAAGGAGAAUCUUGCAAGAGAAGCAUUUAAUUGCUUAAGCAAAGUUCCAGAGUCUGCAGACUUACGAACUGUUUGUAAGCGUUUUGAGGAUUUGAGAUAUUAUGAAGCUGUAGUGCGCUUACCUCUUCAAAAGGCACAAGCUAUCGAUCCUGCAGGUGAUGCUUAUAAUGAUGAAAUUGAUGCAAGUGUCAGAGAACAGACACUUGCUCAGCGCGAACAGUGUUAUGAGAUAGUUAUUAGUGCUUUACGGUCUCUGAAAGGUGACAACUCUCAGAAGGAAUUUGGCUCUCCUAUCAGAUCUGCUGCUUUGCAAUCUACCCUUGAUCCAGCUUCUCGAAAAAAAUAUAUUAGUCAAAUUGUUCAACUUGGUGUCCAGUCUCCUGACAGAAUUUUCCAUGAGUAUCUAUACCAAGCUAUGAUUGAUUUAGGUCUUGAAAAUGAGUUGUUAGAGUAUGGAGGUCCUGAUCUGUUGCCCUUUUUGCAAAGUGCCGGUCGUAAACCCAUCCAAGAGGUUCGUGCUGUGACUGCAACAACUUCUCCAACUGGGCAAUCUGGAGCACCUAUGUCAUCCAAUCAAGUCAAGUACUAUGAACUUUUGGCACGGUAUUAUGUCUUGAAGCGGCAACAUAUGCUUGCAGCUCAUGCAUUGCUAAGACUAGCUGAACGACGUUCCGUUGAUGGAGUUCCUACUCUUGAACAGAGGUGUCAAUACCUAAGUAAUGCAGUUCUACAAGCAAAAAGUGCAGCUAAUAGUGAUGGUUUAGUAGGUUCUGCUCGGAGUUCCAUUGAUAGUGGAUUCCUAGAUUUGCUUGAAGGGAAGCUUGCUGUUCUUCGGUUUCAGAUAAAGAUCAAAGAGGAAUUGGAGGCAAUGGCUUCCAGGAAUGAGAUUUUACCUAGCACAUCUGAUUCCAUUCAAGAUGGUGCAGUCCCUGAGGGCGGUUCAACUGCUGAUGCAAAUUUUGCAAGCGUAGCACGAGAGAAGGCCAUGGAGCUAUCAUCAGAUGUAAAGAGCAUAACACAAUUAUAUAAUGAAUAUGCAGUUCCCUUUGAACUCUGGGAGAUAUGCCUGGAGAUGCUGUACUUUGCCAAUUAUUCUGGUGAUGCUGACAGCAUAAUUGUCAGAGAGACAUGGGCUAGACUUAUUGAUCAAGCUCUUUCAAGAGGUGGCAUUGCUGAAGCUUGCUCGGUAUUGAAGAGGGUUGGCCCCCGGAUUUAUCCUGGUGAUGGAGCUGUUAUACCACUCAACACUAUUUGUCUUCACCUAGAGAAGUCUGCACUGGAGAGGUUAAACUCGGGGGCUGAAUCUGUUGGUGAUGAAGAUGUUGCUAGAGCCCUUCUUUCUGCCUGCAAGGGUGCAGCUGAGCCUGUAUUGAAUACAUAUGACCAAUUGUUAUCAAAUGGAGCUGUGUUGCCCUCCCCAAAUCUUAGAUUACGCAUGCUGAGAUCAGUCCUUGUGGUUCUUCGCGAGUGGGCAAUGUCUGUAUAUUCACAGAGAAUGGGUGCAAGUGCCUCCGGUUCUUCCCUCAUACUAGGUUCAGGAUUCCCACUUGAAAGAACAGUUGUUAGCCAAGGAAUUCGUGAUAAGAUCACAAGUGCGGCAAACAGGUACAUGACUGAAGUGCGAAGGUUAGCCCUUCCCCAGAAUCAAACAGAACAUGUCUACCGAGGCUUUAGAGAACUCGAAGAGUCGCUUAUAAGUCCCCAAUCAUUUGAUCGAUAUUGAUCUUUGUUCCAUUAGAAUAGUGUUGUAUCAAUUUCUUCUUAUAAAAUAAUUAUCUUGCAAUAAGAGGUGUCUAAUUUUUUCCAUAUUGGAUGUGUGAUCAUGUGAUCUCAUUUUUUGUUCUUUUUUUCCUUCCCUUCCCUUCCCUUUUAGCCUUUAGUUUGUGUAUCAACUAAGAUGAUAAAAAUCUCCACAUUCCGGGUCUCCAUUCACCUGAGCCUAUUCUUGCAAACUUUGCUGCCUCAGGUUGAAUGGUUUGAAUUUGUCUACUUGCGGCGGGCAAUCUAGUUUCAUAAUCCAAAAGAUUAUGUUAUAUACUAAAAAAUGUAUGAUGGUGCUGCUUCGUAGAAUUUUUUAGCAUUUU